AUGUCUAACUAUAUGGUAUGCCUUGCACACUUCUGCGAGCUACAUGGGCCUUCGAGUAUCAUGUGUACCCAGGUGUCAGGCGACGGCACAGCGGUGCCGAAGCUCUCGCUCCUGAGUACUACCAAGCUUCAAACCUGUUCCUCGUGCAAGUUAGCGCUUCCACAAGACGCCUUGAAUCUAACCACGAAAACUCCCACGAAAACAAACCCCAACACCUGCUUUGUGUCGACCCAGUACCCAGUUUUCCAGAGCCGGUACACAGCACUCACGAAGUUGAUCAUGAAGCUGUUGUCGGUAGAAACGACGUCUGACCUUGCCAAACCGUUGUUUAUUGGUGACAACCUCAACGGGUUCAGCCUCACGAAAAUUUUCAAAAUCAAAGACGUCAAUGCCCGAGGCGGUGAGCGAAAAUACUGUUUUAUGGUGGUGUCAGAUGAAGAGAUUAAGAUUUUGAAGAAUUGGAACAUUAUUACUAGCUACUUGACUGAGCUUAUCAGUUCAAUCCAGAAAAAGGUCCAGACCCUGAUCGAACACAAAAACAAGGUCGAUGGCAAACAUAGCAACUUGAACAACGAGACGUAUUUGCGGCGGCUGCUCGUCAAACCCCGUUCGUUGGUGGAGUUGACGGAAGACGAUCGAAUCUUCGUCAAACUCCAUCUAGGAGCCAUUCAGUUGGUCAAAGACAUGAGCUGA